CUAAGUUUACUCAACAACCAAUUUCUGCACAAAAUGGAAUAUGUAAUAUGCUCUGACUUGAAUGAUUUACACAUAACAGAAGAAGGUAGCAGCAGGGGAAGGAUGGGCCAAAGGAGGUACAACAAUGAAGAUCCGUCAGAGUUCAAGUCUAAGAACCUAUUUGCAGAAAGGAAGAGGAGGCAGAAGCUCAGUGAAAGGCUUCUGGCACUACGUGCAUUAGUGCCUUUCAUCACAAAUAUGAAUAAAGCAACUAUUAUCGACGAUGCCAUUUCAUACAUCCAGGACCUGCAGAGGAAUGUGAAGGUUCUUCAAGAACAACUUUCCGAAAUCGAAGCCUCGUCUGAAGAGGAAACAAAGCCAAGAAGUGAAGAAACUGAAGCUGCAGACGAGAUGAAGAAAAGUGGGAUUCAGGCAGAGGUUGAGGCCACAAAAAUUGUGGAGAACAAACUUUGGGUAAAAAUAGUCUUCGAGAAGAAAAGGGGUGGAUUCAAUCGACUGAUGGAAGCCAUGAAUGCUAUUGGAUUUGAACUCGUUGAUACAACUGUUACUACAUCUAAAGGAGCAAUGCUUGUUUCAUCCUGUGUUAAGGGAAUUUAUGGGGAAAGUCUUCAAGUUCAGCAGACCCAGGAGUUGCUAUUAGACAUCAUUAAUGGCAUAUAAUUCAGAGAAUAACUGAUCAUCUUCAUCUAUGUAUUCAAUUAAAGGGUCAAGAUCCUCUUAAGUUAUUUAUUUGAAUUUCAGAGAAUUUGGACAGGUGAUUGUGAAAGACCACUUAUAGAAUCUAUUUGACCAAAUAAGUGGUUAGACAUCCCAAUUUUUAUUUGGUCAGGUAAGAACCAUAAGCAAUCUCUUACAAUCACCAACUUGAAUUUUCUCAGAUUCUAACAGAUAAUUUAAAAUGAUCCUAAUCCUAAUUAAAAUGGCAUUUUUUUUGGUUUCUAGUGUAUAUCCUCUUAACACUUGUGCUAGCUGCGGAAGCAUUUGGAGGUUUGAA